AUGGGUGGAACGGCUGGCCCUUUCAAAGACGGUGUGAACUGUCGCCCUACUCACCGCGCUCCUCUGCGCCUGCUCACAGCGCGCAUCGCACGACCACCGCUGCAGGUGGGCGGCGAGGCAGGCCUGCAGCGGCUGGCGGCGCAGGCCGCCGCGCUGCAGCGCAGCGUCGCGGAGGCGACCGCGCGGCUGGCGGCGGCGGAGCGGGCGCGGCAGGCGGACCGCGCCUUCCUGCAGGUGCGCCAGGCGCAGCAGAUGGCGGCGCUGUCCGCGAAGAAGCGCGGCGAGAUGGAGGCCAGGGUGGCGCGGCUCUCGCGGUCGCGCGAGGCGCUGCUGGCGGCCCUUGGGCACCACCAGGGGGGCGGCGGCGCGGGGGCAGGCGGCGGGGGCUGCGGUGGGGGCGCGGUCAGCGACGGCGAGUGGCAGGCUAAGUAUGAGGCGAUCAAGGGGAAGCUGGGGCGCUUCAAGGCCAUGAAAAAGGAGCUGGCGGCACUGGAGGCGGAGGUGGCCGUCGCGGGGCGGACCAGGGCAGUUCUGGAGGCGCAGGCCGGCGGGCCGCCAGCCGACGCGAACCAGCACCACGGGCCCUCCGCGCUCCGCGGCAGCCGGGACGGCCCCUUGAGCGCGACCCCGGCGGCAACGGCGACGGCGGCGGCGGCGGCGGCGGGUCAGGGGGUCCCGGGAGACCUGGAUUCUCUGCGGGCGGCCAUCGCGUCAAAGAAGGCUGAGCUGGCCCCAAAAGUGCAGCAGCUGCGCACAGCCAGGGAGCGGUUCCAGGACGUCGAGGCGCGCCUGUCAGCGGCGCGCGAGGCGCGCGACGCGGCAGUGGGGCCGCUGGAGGCGCGCUGCGCUGACCUGGAUUCCGAGGUGGCCUCGCUACAAAAGGAGGUGGAUGCGGCGCAGGCCGCGGCCGCCGCCGCCGACUCGGCCCUGGUGGCGCUGCAGGACGGCCUGGCCCGUGUGGCCGCAGAGCCGGGGGGCGCGGAGGCGCUGCGGGAGAGGGCGGAGCGCCAGGCGUCCCAGGCCGAGGCCGAGCUGCGCCGCCUGCGCGAGCAGCAGCGCGCCAUCGCAGCGGCCGCGGCGGGCGGCCUCGCGCAGCGCGCGGCGCUGCGGGGCGCGGCGGCGGUGCUGGAGGCCAAGAUCAGGGCCGCGGCGGCCGGGGGCGCGGGCGGGGCGGCGGCGGCGCCGCCGCCGCUGGCGCGGUCCUACAGCACUGCCACGGCCAACGUGGCGGUGUUCUGA